UCCCUUCCCUCUCCUAGCUAUCAGCUCCUCUCGUUUUCAUUUUCGCUUAAUUGAGAAAAAAAGAACCGACACUUACUACCCUUAAUAUCGUUAAAUGGCGCCGAGAGAGAAGACGGCGGCCGUUAAACCUAACGGUAGCUGCGGCGGCGGUGCUGCUGCUGUUAAGGAGGUGCAUUUUAGGGGGGUGAGGAAGAGGCCGUGGGGUAGAUAUGCCGCCGAGAUCAGAGAUCCUGGCAAAAAGAGCCGAGUCUGGCUCGGCACCUUUGACACGGCAGAGGAAGCUGCUCGUGCUUAUGACGCCGCCGCUCGUGAAUUCCGGGGCGCUAAAGCCAAGACUAAUUUCCCGUUGGCCAGCGAAAAUGUGAACAAGAAUAUUAUUUUAAACAAGAAGAUUGAUACCGGAGCAAACAAUCCGAGCCCGAGCCCCAGUAGCACCGUGGAGUCGUCGAGCCGGGAGACACCUGCUAUGAUGAUGGAAUCCUCAUCUCCCUUAGAUCUUAAUCUGGGUCCAUCGGCCGCCGUCAGGUUCCCUUUCCAGCCUAUACCGGCGGUUGGCGGUGUUUUUACACCGCCGGUGGUCAAUCAUCAACACGUCCUUUAUUUUGAUGCGAUGAUGAAGAGUCAGUAUCAGCGGUUGUUCUUUGAUCAACAGCAUCAUCUCCAUCAUCAGGCGAUCUUUAGCGCUGUGAAUGGCGGUGGGGUCCAGAGUGAUUCUGAUUCAUCCUCAGUCAUUGAUUUGAACCAACAGGAGAUCAACCCGCCGCGCAGAAAUCUUGAUUUCGAUCUCAAUCUCCCUCCAAAACCGGAAAUUGCGUGAUUUUUUUGGCCGGAGAUGACGAACCUCCAAGCGUUUCCAAUAAUUAUUUUCCUUUUCUCAUGGAAAUUUAUUUUUUUUCCUAUUUUUCUCAGAUAGGAAUUAAAUUGGACUUAGAAAAAACAAAAUCCCCCCCAAAAAAGCAAAGAGCUUUGUUUUGUCAUCUAUUUGGGUUUUUUUAAUCCCUGUGUAUACGUAGUUGCUGAAAGCCUUUUUGCAACAGAGAGUUUCUCUUUGUUGUUGAUAAUUAGUUAAAUCACUGUAUCACCUUUUUCUUUCUAUAAUCGAGUAAUAUUAAUCAUUGGAUUAACAAGAAUAUUAUCCUUA